AUGAAAAUGAAAAUAAUUAUUCCGAGCCAUUGUAAUUAUCUAACGUUGAACAAGAAGAAGGGCAAGGGAGGUGACGCAGCAACAAUACACGACAAGGAUCUUCGUCACCUGUGCCAUCAAUAUUUGAUCGAAGAUGUAACGAGGAUAGAAAUUAGUCAUACAAAUUUGCUUCAAAGCUUCACGGGAUCAGUUGGUGACAUGAUUAAGCAGAAGGGCAAGAAAGACGAAGAACCACGUCUAGGUAAAAGUCUGCCUGUUUCUCUUCAAUUUGAUAGCUUUCCUCAUGUUUCAUUGGAAGACUUACAUCUUGCCGCUACCUCUUUCCUUAUGCUACCUCGCUUGUUUAUUCUUCACUAUUAGAGAAAAUAGUCAUUGCUUCGGAGGUUCUCAUAGAAGCAUGUUUUUUUCUAGAAGGAAGAGGGUACGAGCUUGAACGGGAAAAGUAUCGAGGCACUGAAGUUGGCGACUAUAGGUGUACAUGUUAGGAGAACAAGGAUGCAUAAGGAUGGGCUACAGCUUCCCUCCCUCGUCACGAUCUAGUAGUUGGCGGAGAAUAAUUAAACUCACUCGACGGCUAAGGUCUAGGGUUCUUCAUCACGUCAAUAUUCAUUGUCCUCUUUCCUUGUAACAUGUUCCCGGAGGGUUAGUACGAAGUAGCCUCGUUUAACUAUUUCGUCAUCAUUGGUUGAUGUUCUCUGCCAUUUACUUUUGUUCUAUCAUCCUGCGGGGGGGCACCAGGUGACGAGUGAUGUCGAGCCAGAUGAAGUCGAUAAGUCCUGGAUAGACAACAUCACAGGAGGAUGCUCGAUUAAGUUUCUACUUUCUACUCUUGCGCGCCAUGACUACAAUUAGUAGUACAACUAUGAAUGUCUUCUAGUUCUGUUGAUGAUGUUGCGUUUCUUCAUCUUCUAGUACAACUGGGCGAUGAAUCCUGAAGAUGGUUUACAGUUUUCGCGCGUCUAGUGUAUUUAGUGUUUCUAUAUGACACCGCGCGACCGAGUCGCUUGUAUUAGUGACAGUAAACGAUAUGACAUAGACGGUGGAAGGACGUUAACACCCACAGACGAAACGUUGGAAGAUGGCCUUGUUCUUCUUGCGCCAGAAUCGGAAGCCAUAAUGUCAUAGAUAUUUCGAAGACGUAACUAUAUGUAAAGACAUUGAGUAAGAUACUGGAACUAUGUUUCAUCUAUGGGGAAACUAGUACUGAUAAGUAGACUGGUCAGAAGUCCUCACAGCGUCCGGGUCUCAUGUCGCUGCGGAAGAGUCUCGACCUUUUCAUGCAUAGAAACUAUUGAGUCGCGAGUGAGAUAUAUAGCGCGAUAAUUAUUCUGCCAGCAUAUCAGUCACAUACACGGGAGCAUGUUUAAAUUGUAGGAAAUGGCGCACACAUCCUUUGCCACGACUUCGCUUUCUUCUAAGUGGUGAAUGUUUGCUCAAUGGCGCAUGUGAUUUCCAUAUCGAUUCGAUAGUGUUGCUGUCGUGAUGUACAGGCAUCUAAGUCGAAUAAAGCCUUUCAUUGUUUCUCGUUCUUGUAUUCUUGUAGACAGUUGUUCAUCUUUCUCGUGUUUAUAAAUCAUAUUCGCAAGCAGUGUCAUCACGAAGGUAGUUAGUAUCGCGUUGUGUGCUACUGACACAGUGAGAUUAAUAAUUCAACGAACUUCAACACUAAUCUGCAGAUGACUAGCGCAGAGAAGGUAGAUGAUUACUGUGCGUGACUAGUAGCGUGUAUUUAUAUUCUCCAUAUUUCUUACUAUCUUGUUGAUCAACAUUAAUGAAGAUUCAUUGUCAUGACUUAAUGUAUCGCUAUUGUUUGUUUUCUUUCCACAUAGUGAGCAUACUGAGACUCUCAUCUAUUGAAUUCUCCUACUUAUUUACAUUCCCCUAUGAUCUUGUGAUGUGCUUACCCCGAGGAUACUCUUCGUUCGUGAUGAUAUGGAACCAACGAAAACGAUCAGGAGCAUUCACUUUCUUGAUGAAGAGGAGCCCUUCAGAGUGUCGUAGUCGAUCGUGUCGAGCGAGACUCUGCAACUUAGAU